AUGGACUCCGACGAUGAGGAGACGUUCGCGGCGCUGCUGGAGGAGGAAGCCGAUGCCGACGCCCAUGACGAAGAGCACCUCAUGGUCCUCGCUGCUCUGGCUGGCCUGUUCGCGAGCAAUGUAAAUCCGCGGCGAGGUGGCUCGGCGCCGGGUCGGCGGAAGGCAAAGCAGAGGCAUCAACUGGAGGGCUAUUGCUUGCUCUACGCUGACUACUUCGCCUACACUUCAUUGCACGAUGAGAAAUGCAAGAAGGAUUGCACCGGCGCACUUGGAUUCACCUCACUCCAGAAGUGCAUGACAGCUAUGAGGAUGCUUGCAUACGGAGCUCCCAGUGAUAUACUAGAAGAUUAUGGACGCAUGGCCGAGUCCACCACCAUUGAGUGUUUGUACAAGUUCUGCACGGUGGUGGUGGCAGUGUUUGGACCACAAUACUUGCGAUCACCCAAUGCUGAAGACACUGCUCGGAUCCUAGCACAGAAUGCAGCAAGAGGAUUCCCUGGGAUACUUGGAAGCAUCGACUGA